AUGGGGAGUUAUGACGGACAGAUGGAUGCAUUGCACUGUGCACUGAGGCGAAAACAGGACCUACUGCAAAGACUAAGGGAGCAGCACCUUUUAGAGGACCUCAACAGACCUCACACCUGGGGAGGGUCGCGAAAACAGUACCAGUCACAUUUUGCUGCUGCCCCUCAGCUGCCCCUAUCGCUGCCAUACAUGGGACCCAUUCACAUCCAGCAGCCAGCACCAGCUCUGCUCACCCUGCCCCCACCACCACCCGCCCCGCCUCAGCCCCCACGCAUCAUCCAGCAGGCUCUACCCCAGCAGCCGGCCACCAUCAUACAACAGCUGCCACAUCAGCAGCUUCUGAUUACCCAAAUUCCUCCACUACAGCCGAACCCUGUAUCUCGCUCAAGCAGCAGCAUCAAAGAGGACAUGGUGGAAUUGAUGUUGAUGCAAAAUGCUCAGAUGCACCAAAUCAUAAUGCACAAUAUGAUACAGAAAGCCAUGCCUCCUAUGGCUCUGUCGCCACCUGGAGGGCCAAAUCACAGUGCCCCUCGCGCUACAUAUCUUGGACAGGAUGGUUACCAGGGAACUCCUAUUUUUGUAAGGCCAGAUGUCAAACCAGGGGGAAGUGCUGUCCAUCAUCAUCAUCAUCAUCACUAUGGUCCUACCCCUGCAGCACUACAUCUGCCCCCCAUCAGCUACCAUACAUGGCUGCCAGGAGUGUCACCUGUCCCAGCAGGACAAGCACAGGGACAUCUACCAUUACUGCACCACGGAACAGUACCGUUUACACUUCCACCACUCAAUGUGUAA